AUGGCUCCAAGCUACAUCAAGGUCCCCGGGCGGGACACCGAUGAUACGGGCCUUGCGCCCAAGAGCGCACACAUGGCGACGACUACUCUGCGCGUUGGUGGAAUGACGUGCGGAUCAUGCACAUCAGCUGUCGAAGGUGGCUUCAAGGGCGUCAAGGGCGUCGGCACCGUCUCCGUCAGUCUCGUCAUGGAGCGAGCCGUUGUCAUGCAUGAUCCCCAGAUUAUCAGCGCCGAGCAGGUCCGAGAGACCAUCGAGGAUACCGGAUUUGACGCCGAGGUACUGUCCACGGACCUCCUCAGCCCUCUUGUUCUUCGAUUUUCAGAUGUCAAGGGAGAUGAGGACCUUGACAGCGGAUUAGUGACGACAACGGUUGCGAUUGAGGGCAUGACGUGCGGUGCCUGUACUUCUGCCGUCGAGGGCGGCUUCAAAGACAUUCCAGGUGUCAAAAGCUUUAGCAUCUCGCUUCUUUCUGAGCGAGCCGUCAUCGAACACGACCCAGAGCUUUUGCCAGCCGAGAAAAUCGCCGAAAUCAUCGAAGACCGCGGCUUUGGUGCCGAAAUCGUCGAUUCCGCAAAGGCGCAACCCGACAGCAGUACCAAGGCUGAGAACCCAUCAAGUAACAUCGCUACUACAACUGUAGCUAUUGAAGGAAUGACUUGCGGUGCCUGUACGUCUGCUGUCGAGGGAGGCUUUCAGGGAGUCGAGGGCGUGUUGAAAUUCAACAUCAGCCUUCUGGCCGAGCGCGCGGUAAUUUCUCAUGAUGUCACAAAGCUCUCCGCUGAGCAGAUUUCCGAAAUCAUUGAAGAUCGCGGUUUUGAUGCCACGGUUUUGUCUACUGUAUAUGAUACUAACGACUUGGGCAAUGUAACUACCACUUCACAGUUCAAGAUUUUCGGUAGCCCGGAUGCUGCGGCUGCAAAGGACCUCGAGGAAUCGCUGACAGCCAUUCCUGGCAUCAAAUCUGCUUCGCUUAGUCUGGCUACGGACCGCCUUUCCGUUACGCAUCAACCUGCCGCCAUUGGACUUCGAGGAAUUGUCGAAGCGGUGGAAGCACAGGGUCUCAAUGCCUUGGUUGCAGACAGCCACGAUAACAAUGCCCAGCUCGAAUCACUGGCCAAAACUCGAGAGAUUGCUGAAUGGAGGACGGCCUUCAAGGUCUCUGCUGGCUUUGCCAUCCCGGUAUUCAUUAUGAAUAUGAUAAUACCCAUGGUUGCACCAAGUCUUGACAUCAAUAAUGUAGAGCUGUAUACUGGGCUCUUUCUCGGCGACGUUAUUUGCAUGGUCCUCACGAUGCCCGUCCAAUUCGGCGUCGGCAAGCGAUUUUAUGUUUCGGCCUACAAAUCACUCAAACACCGUUCACCGACAAUGGAUGUCCUUGUCAUGCUCGGUACAUCGUGCGCUUUCUUCUUCAGCAUCUUUGCCAUGAUUGUUUCUUUAAUCUUGCCGCCGCAUUCUAAACCCGGUACGAUUUUCGAUACUAGCACCAUGCUCAUCACCUUUGUGACUCUUGGUCGCUACCUCGAGAACCGCGCAAAGGGCCAGACGUCAAAGGCACUGUCUCGCCUUAUGUCUCUGGCCCCGUCGAUGGCAACCAUCUAUGCGGAUCCCAUUGCCGCAGAGAAGGCAGCGGAAUCAUGGGCCAAGUCAACCGAUGAAUCUACGGGCACCACGGCCCAGCAAUCUGGAAAUGCGAAUGGCUCAGCAUAUGAAGAGAGAAAUAUCCCAACUGAGCUGCUUCAAGUCGGUGACAUUGUUGUCAUUCGACCGGGCGACAAAAUCCCGGCGGACGGUAUCCUUGUCCGAGGAGAGACCUAUGUUGAUGAAAGCAUGGUAACUGGAGAGGCGAUGCCAGUACAGAAACGUAUCGGCGACAACAUGAUUGGAGGUACGGUCAACGGCAACGGCAGAGUGGACUUCCGUGUCACACGAGCCGGUCGGGAUACCCAGCUCAGCCAGAUUGUGAAGCUUGUCCAAGACGCCCAGACUACAAGGGCACCUAUCCAAAAGGUGGCCGACACUCUGGCAGGCUACUUCGUACCUACGAUUCUUAUCCUUGGCCUCCUCACUUUCAUCGGGUGGUUGAUUCUCAGCCACUGGAUGGUUCAUCCUCCCAUGAUCUUCUUGGCCGGUAACAGCGGUGGCAAGAUCAUGGUGUGCGUUAAGUUGUGCAUAUCUGUGAUUGUCUUCGCAUGCCCUUGCGCUCUUGGCCUCGCCACGCCGACUGCCGUUAUGGUUGGCACCGGCGUGGGUGCUGAGAAUGGCAUCCUCAUCAAGGGCGGAGCCGCGCUGCAGCAAACAACCAAAAUCACAAAGGUCGUAUUGGAUAAGACUGGCACACUCACCCGCGGCAAGAUGAGCGUCGCCAAGAUGGAUUUGGUUCCUCGAUGGAGUGACAACGAGUCGCAGAAGAAGGUCUGGUGGGCGGCCAUUGGUCUUGCAGAGAUGGGCAGUGAGCACCCGAUCGGCAGAGCCAUCCUGGUAGCAGCUAAAGAGGAACUCGGAAUCUAUGAGCUUGAGAGUGCCAUUCCAGGAAGUGUCAACGAUUUUAAGCUUACUGUUGGAAAGGGUAUCAAUGCCCUUGUUGAGCCUGCUACUUCUGGUGAUAGGACUCGCUACAGGGUCCUGGCCGGAAACGUGAGCUUCCUUGAAGAUAACGGUGUCGAGGUUCCUAAGAGCGCCAUCGAGGCCGCAGAGCAAAUUAACUCGUCUGAAAAGAACACACGAGCUAAAUCCGUAACUGCUGGCACAACCAACAUCUUCGUCGCCAUUGAUGGCAUGUAUAGCGGUCACCUUUGCCUCUCGGAUACAAUCAAGGAUGGAGCUCUCGGAGCCAUCUCAGUGCUGCACCGCAUGGGCAUCAGGACAGCCAUGGUUACCGGAGAUCAACGACCUACCGCCCUAGCCGUGGCCGCCCUCGUCGGCAUCGCUCCCGAGGACGUCUUUGCCGGUGUCAGCCCCGACCAGAAACAGGCCAUUGUCCAGAGUCUUCAGGAGGAAGGAGAAAUCGUCGCCAUGGUUGGAGACGGUAUCAACGACUCCCCCGCUCUCGCGAUUGCAGACGUCGGCAUUGCCAUGUCAAGCGGAACGGACGUCGCCAUGGAGGCCGCAGACGUUGUGCUUAUGCGCCCCGACGACCUGCUGAGCAUUCCAUCCGCGAUCAACCUCACCCGGACCAUUUUCUUGCGCAUCAAGUUGAACUUGUUGUGGGCAUGCAUCUACAACCUCAUUGGAUUGCCCAUUGCAAUGGGCUUCUUCCUGCCGCUGGGCCUGCACAUGCACCCUAUGAUGGCCGGAUUUGCCAUGGCCUGCAGCAGCGUUAGUGUAGUGAUUAGCAGUCUCAUGCUCAAGUUCUGGAAGCGGCCGCAGUGGAUGGACGAUGCCUCCGCCGAGCACAAGGGUGGCCUGCGCUGGAUGAGCGGCACGGGCGUCGUUGGCUGGGCCAGGGAGACGUUUGGAAGACUCCGCGGCAAGAAGCGCGAGGAGGGUUACGUGGCGUUGGAGAACCUCGAGGAGAAUUAA